AUGGCCACUCGAUCUGGUCGACAACGGCUUUUUACGGCUACAACCCUCCUCUGCUUCUGUUUCUUCGCCUACACGUUCCUACGAAUCCCUAUUGAACCGCCGCUAUCUCAGCCUGAGACUGUCGAUCGAGAUCCCGUACCUGAACCCAUCCCCGAGCCCGACUCGAAACAGGCGCCAAUCCCGACUGCAGUGCUGGGUUGGGAAGAUGUCCCAGUGGUGGCGGGCGGACCAGUGCCCAAAGGUGCGCCUGGGACGGCAGAACACCCGAUUUCGUAUCUCAUCCGCGAUGCGGAGAGCGAAAUUAAGGAGAUGGAGGCUCGACAGUCCAAGACGCUUGGAGACGCCGUGACAGAGUAUCGCAGGCGGUACCAGAUGCCUCCGCCGCCGCAUUUUGAUAAAUGGUUCCAUUUUGCGCAAGAGAACCAGGUUAAGCUGGUAGACGAGUUCGAUACGAUCCACGAGUUGAUGACGCCCUUCUGGGGCGUGAAGCCGAAGACGAUUCGGGCGAGAGCCAAGGAGGCUUUGGGAUUCGACAACGGUUUGAUCGGCAUCGCUAUUCGAAACCACAAUGUCACAUAUAUUCAGGGAGGAGACGGGUGGCAGCAGGAGGCGACUAAGGAAAUGAUGGCAAAGUUCAUCAAGUUUUUGCCCGACAUGGACCUCGCCUUCAACUUGCACGACGAACCACGGGUUGUCCUCUCGCACGAGGACCUGGCCAACUUGAGACGAAAGGCCAAAGAGGAGAAUAUUCCCGCGGCAUUUGCUAUCACCUCGCCGACCAAUGAAUUCACCGAGAACCACCCCGAUUUGAACGACGGCAGGUCCUUCGAUGAGACGACGCUGACACGCUUCAACACCUACUCGCACCAGCCAACCUGGAGCGACUCUCGAGUGUCAUGCCCACCAGACACUCCCGCCCGGAACCUCGAGGAGGAAGAGAGGGCUGAUGACCUGAGCAAAUAUGGCAUGAGCGAACUCGGGUUCGUCUACAACACCACGGCCUUGUCUGACAUCUGCCUCACCCCGUCCCUCAGCUCGACAUUUGGCUUCUUCGACGGGCCUAAUACGUACAAGGUUGUCCACGACCUCUUUCCCAUCUUCUCACAGUCCAAGAUCUCGUCAUACAACGACCUGAUCUAUCCGUCCCCCUGGUAUUGGAGUGAUAAGGUCCCCUUCGACCAGGCCAAGGACAUUGAAUGGGAGAAGAAGCAGAAUAAAAUGUACUGGCGCGGCUCCACGACAGGUGGGUAUAGCCGCAACGGCCGCUGGCGACGACAGCACCGUCAACGUCUCGUGCGGAAGAUGAACGGCCCCGGCCAGGCAAAGAUCAUGGUCAACAAUGGCACCGCUGAGCAACCCGAGUGGCAUGCGAGCCUGGCCCCAAGGGGCGACUAUCGUGAUCUCGUCGACGUGCACUUCUCGCAUGUCGGUCAAUGUGACCCAGGCGACUGCGAGGCGCAGACGGCCUUCUUCAAGGUCGCCGAGCACGAGGAGCAGCAGGACGCCUGGAACUACAAGUAUCUGCUCGACAUGGACGGCAACGCAUUCUCCGGCCGCUUCUACGCCUUCCUGCGAAGCCGCAGCCUCGUCUUCAAGCACGCCGUCUUCCGCGAGUGGCAUGCCGAGUGGCUCAAGCCGUGGGCCCACUACGUUCCCCUCAGCAUCCAGGGCGACGACUGGCUCGAGACGGUGCGCUUCUUCGACGCCGAGGCGAAUGCCCUGGAGACGGAGCGCAUCGCUUCAGCGAGUCGGGCGUGGGCGGAUAAGACUGUCCGUCCGGUCGACAUGGAGGCAUGGUUCUUCCGGCUGUUGCUAGAAUACGCUCGUGUUAGUGAUGAUAAGAGAGAGACCAUCGGCUACCAUGUCUGA